AUGACGCGCCAUCUAUCUUCGAACAGCCAUUCGUAUAUUCAUUUUUCCAUCAAUCCACCAUGCACAGAUGCUCUAAAACUCAGGAAAGUGAUUCAGGAUGGUCUAGCAGAGACUUUUGGCAUCACAGCCUCUGGCACCUAUCUUGACAUCCUCUGGAUCGCUGAAAGUGGCUCAGAGAUCGUCAUACGCCUCUCGGAAGAGGAUGCCCCGAAACUGAUGGCGGCCGUGGUUAUAACACCUGUCUCUCCAAUAUUUUCGACAAUCAAACAAACAAAUUUCCUCCCAUCCUUAACACCAUCAAAAAAGAGGCUUACAUGA